AUGGCUGAGUCUCAGGCUACAACAAACAGACCCAAGAAAUCUGGCAGGCUCUACAGUAAAGCUGUUUUCACUGGCUACAAGCGUGGCCACCGUAACCAGCAUGAGAACACAGCCCUUCUGAAAAUUGAAGGUGUCAACACCAAAAAUGAAACUGAACAUUACAUGGGCAAAAGAUGCGCUUACGUUUACAAGGCUAAAAGGCUGACUGCAUGCCCUGGUCAUGACAAGCCCAGUCGUUUGAGAGUUAUCUGGGGCAAGGUCACACGCUGUCAUGGAAACAGUGGUGCGGUGAGAGCUAAAUUCCGAAAGAACCUUCCCAGCAAAGCUAUUGGCAAGCGUAUACGAGUGAUGUUGUACCCCUCAAGAAUUUAA